AUGUCCUCUUCCAACAGCGAAGGUCAUCAUGAUGACAAGGCGCAUUCCAAGGCUGCAGACGGCACUGUUCUAUCCACCGUCUCUCGAGGCGAUGCUCCCGGCUCGGUCGACGGCGAGGGCUUUCCAGCCGAUGUAGACGAGAAGAAGCUCAUGAGGAAGAUUGAUUUCCGCCUCAUCCCUUGGCUUUGUGUCCUCUAUCUUCUCAGCUUCCUGGACAGAGCCGCCAUCGGAAAUGCCCGUCUGUACGGUCUAGAGAAGGAGCUCAAACUCACAAGCCAGCAGUACGGCCUCGCCCUUACCGUCUUCUUCUUCCCCUACGCCCUCUUUGAGGUUCCCUCCAACAUCCUCCUCAAGCGUCUCCGUCCAUCGAUCUGGUUCCCCAUCAUCACGAUGCUCGUCGGCGUUUGCAUGCUCUCCCAAGGUCUCGUCAAAAACUACCACGGCCUCCUCGUCGCUCGUUUCUUCCUCGGUGUCACCGAAGCCGGCCUCUUUCCCGGCGCGUCUUUCCUAAUUUCGGGUUGGUACAAGCGCAAGGAAUACGGCCUUCGCCAGUCCGUCUUCUUCUCCGCCGCAACCGUCUCGGGCGCUUUCGGUGGUCUCCUCUCCUUUGCCAUCAACAAGAUGAAUGGGACCGGUGGCUACAGCGGUUGGCGAUGGAUCUUUAUCAUCAUCGGUCUGGUCACUUUCGUCGCCGGUGUCCUUAGCUUCUGGUUCUGCGUCGACUUUCCCGACACCGCCACCUUCCUGAGCGACAGCGAGCGAAGGGCUGUCAUCUACCGUCUGCAGCAAGACCAACAAUUUUCGGCAGCCGGCGAGGGCUUCAAGUGGACCAAUGUGUGGAAGGCUUUCGCCGAUUGGAAGCUCUGGGCCGGCAUGGGCGCUUACAUUGGCUGCGACGCACCUUUAUAUGCAUUCAGCCUAUUCACCCCAACCAUCGUCAAGGCAAUUAACAAGCGUUGGACGUCCAACCAGGCAAACUUGGUAUCUAUUCCGAUCUACGUGGUCGCCUGUCUUGUCACCGUAGCCGUAGGCUUUAUGGCCGACCGAACGUCUCGUAGGACCCUGUACUCGAUCGUGCUCUCCGUCGUGGGUGUCAUCGGAUACGUCAUCCUGAUUGCCAACGAUCCCAGGAGCAAGCCAGGCGUUUCCUACUUUGCUAUCUACCUGGCUGCAUGCGGAAUCUACCCCAUGAUCCCUAACACGAUUGCCAUCGUCGCCAACAACAGCGAGGGAAUCUACGUCCGUUCGGUAGUCACCGGUGUCGUGAUCUCGUUCGGUAACAUCAACGGUGCCGUCAGUUCCAACAUCUAUCCUGCCAAAACCGGUCCGCGUUACAUCAUGGGUCACGCCAUCGUGCUGGCGUACAUCGUUAUUGGUAUCAUCAGCAACACCAUCUUCUACUUUGGACUGCAGUAUGAGAAUCGACAGCGCGCAGCUGGGAAGCGUUCCGAGACCAUCCUCGCCGACGACCCGACCAUGGCUGCCUCGGGCAAGGACCUUCAGGCAGAAGCCGCACAGAUUAGGGCACAGGAGAUCCAGCAGUCCGGAGCCGUCCGUGGUUUGCUGCGCAGACUGCACGUGGGUGGCGGAGGCACUUAUGCUUCGUGGGAGGAAGCCAAGACUCUCAAAGGCGAUCAAGUGAGCACCUUCAGGUACCUUUGGUGA